UACAAUUUUACCGGCUACAUGUCUUUUAAAUGAGACCAUUUCAGUACCUUUCAUUUUGUUCAAUCAUAGCAAUUAAUUACACAACUGCAUGCAGGGUGUCUUUUCCUUUUCUUUUUUCUUUCUUUCUUUUUUUCCCCUUUUUACAGUAUACACUCGAAAAGCUACGAAAGUCCUUGGGAUAUAUAUAAACUUCUAAUGAUGAAAUCAAUUCCGAAUUAUUUAUCAAGAAAUGAAUGAAUGAAUUACUCAAUUCACUUUUAUUGAAAUACUAAAAGAUUUCAAUCGCAAUAUUACAUGAUGAGAUUCUAUAAUCCACACACUCAAGCGUAAUGUGUUUAGAGAGGUGGACAGACAUAGUCUACAUCCACAUCUAGAUGUAAGCUAUGCCUGUCUAUUUCUCUAAACAAAAUAACUCGCACAUAGUUAGACUUACAUCUGCAAAUAAAGUUCAGUGGAGGGAAUCACCCACUCGUUGCCACAGUGUACUAUCUGACAUUUUCAUACAGGUUUUUUCCCCCAAUCCUUUAUUGUCAUAUACAUGGGGGGGGGGGGUUCACUGUAUAAUCUUAUUAAUGCAAGAACGGUUUCAGUUAAGGCUGUUUUAACGUAAUAGGAAAUAAGUCCUGUAGAUAAUGACAAAGGUGACCAACUCCCGAGACUUACGAAACAUAAAUUAUAGUAGUUCUUUAAUCUCCGUUUUCAUCCUAAAUUUAAGUACAGUUAAUAGUCGUUCCUCCAAUUAUACAUAUCUUAUUUUAUAAAUACGUAAGCGACUAAUCAAGUGAUACCCGACAUUUGAGGCGGUGUAAAUACAAAGUACAAAUAAAAGAAAUAUGGUAAAACGAUGUGCAUGGGGCACUUGUAACAGUGUUUCGCGCUACAAGGACAAGGAAUAUAGGAGAAAUGUUACUUUCUGGCCAAUUCCUAAGCCCAAAACAAGAUUACGCGAAACGUUAGUGUGGGUGAACGCAUGCAAUAGGAAAAAUUUCACUGUGAAAAACGUAAACAAACAUGCCUACGUAUGCAGCAAGCACUUUGUGGAAGGUCAUCCUACAGAGAAAUAUCCGUACCCGGUUAUUGCAGGAUCGUCAUCCCAGGGAAAACCUUUGAGAAAAACCCCAACUAAAAAGGCUAACAAUCACGAAACCCCAACCACCACAAAGCUUUCCCGUGAUGUUGAUAUCGAAACUGUUCCUACCCCGACAGCAUUUAUUGUGAUCGAUGACGUAGAGGAUAUUGCAACUGAUUCUUUUGAUGAUAUUGGGAAGGCUGACCAUCUCCCAGAGCAUGGAUAUGCAUCCAAGAAAGUAAUGGUGGAUCAAGCAGUGCAAACCACAAUAAAUAAAGAACAUCUCUGUGAUUAUGAUGAUGAUAAUUUGAUGAAUGGAGGAAGCAUGCAUAGACAAUUCAUUUUGAAGGAUGUCAUGAAAGAUGACAACAGCUGCAAGUUUUAUACUGGUUUGUCCCUGGCAAUGUUUGGGUUUCUCUUUGUGUUCCUGUCUAAGUCGGCAAAGAGUAUGACAUACUGGAGAGGCAGUGAGACAAGUAAUGAAAGAAAACAGACUCCAAGGGAAGGUCCUAAACGUAUACUGACAGUAAAGGAGGAGAUAAUCUUAAUGCUGCUGAGACUGCGAAGAGGUUAUGACACCAUUUCUCUCGGAAACAUGAUUGGAAUAUCUGACACUUUGGUAAGCAGGAUUUUUGUAACAUGGACUUCUUUGGUAUCUAAGGAACUCGGAUUCUUGAUUCGCUGGCCAAGCAGAGAACAAGUAAGAUUUAAACGUCCAGUAUGUUUCAAACAUUUUCCCAAAACACGUUGUAUUAUUGACUGUACCGAGUUUUUUGUGCAAAAAAAUCAUCAAUUUUGUCUGCCAUCAUCACAAAGAAUAAUUUAUUCUUCUUACAAACAUCAUAACACUUUCAAAUGUUUAGUUAGAAUAACACCAAGGGGGUCAUUUUCCUUUAUAUCCAACUUAUUCACUGGCAGCAUAUCGGAUAAGACCAUUGUUGAGCAAUCUGGUUUCCUUGAGAAUUUGGAAUAUGGAGAUGACAUUAUGGCAGACAGAGGGUUCUUGAUCAGGGGGGAGUUAGCUCUUAGAGGAGCGACAUUAAACAUUCCUCCAUUUGCAAUGGGAAAACAAAUGUGUAGUACAGCAACAACGAAAACAAGGAGAAUUGCUCAUGCAAGAAUUCAUGUUGAAAGAGCAGUAGGUAGACUGAAAAACGUUGCCAUUUUACAGGGUACCUUACCAUUAAGAAUGAAGACUCAGUUUGGCAAUGUAGUUAAAUUUUGUGGUAUUCUUUGUAAUCUAGACAAGCAAAUGAGUUGAUGAGUAUAAUUUGUAAUACUCAAAUGUUUCUCUAAGUGAUUACCUAUCAUAGAUUUGUUGCAUUGAUAUUUUAAAAUUAUUUAAGUUUAUCCAUUUAAGAUAAACAAAAUUAUCGACUAAGAUUCGAAUUAAUUUAUCAUGUCAAUAUUGCUUGUAUUUCGGAAAGGUUAUUGCAUGUAGUACAUGUACUGGGUUUUACUUUUACAUUUAAUCUUUCAAAAGUACGUAAGCAUUCCUUUGCGCAUGCUUCCCCCUUUUUUGCUUGAAACUUCCCAGCGGGUUGGUCGCAUGAAAAUCCCCACCCACUCUCCCCAAAUUUUGUAUAGGUAAAUUUCCUGCAUGGUUAAGAGGACUUUUUCUGCUGCGGAUUUUGCUUUAAAUUUCAGAUUCAGCGUCAUGGCUUCUUAAAGGGACAUGUUGAGGGUAAAUCAUUGUGCGGAAAGAGACAUUAUGUUGAAGCUGCAUCAUCGUGCGGGUCUGGCGGAAUUUUGCUAUCUAGAGAGCCAUUCACUGUUGGAUACUGUCAUUUCCAGGUCCUUCGGUGGUGUGGUCUUCUACUUACUUUUGAUAUGCAGCCAAAAAGCUUAUGGAAAGUUUGGUAUAUCUGUUGUAUGUUUAAUUGAUUCAUUAACGCCAUGACAUUUACCCAAAUCAAGAACUUGUUCUGUUCUGUAUUAAGAUCAUAUAGGUUUUUGAUCAAGAUGUCUGACCGUCCUUUUUUUCUUCAUAGUGAGAAUUCUUUUGGAGAUAAUUUAUCAAAUCUUUUCAACUCUAUGUACAUGUUCUGAGAAAUGUUAUGGCAAUGUGAACAUAUGAAAAUAAUUAACAAGCACGUGUAUACAUAAGAUUUUACAAUUUCUAGAGAUUUAUCGACAAUCCAAUCUAUUUCUGAUGAAAUAAAUCGAAUUUGUACAUACAAUUGAAAUAAAUAACUAAAAUUACAAUAAAUGUGAAGUGUCAUCCCAGUCUUGCUUAAUUUUUUCACUCAGGAUAUCUGAAUACUCUCAUCCAGAUACCACUGACUCCAUUCCAAUCAAAAUAUUGAAUUAUACCCCAUUCUGGAUUAAACAGCACUUUAAAACUAAUUUUUAAAGGCUUCUUAAAAGUUUUCAAAGUUCAGUAAAACAUGCUGAUAACAAACAAGCAUAUAACAAAUUCAUUCUUAUUGUGAAGUGAUAUUUAUUCUCCUCUGAGAGAGGAAAAAAGUGAAAAUUGUAUUGGAUAAAACAAAGUUUGGUUAUAAGAAACUGUUUUUCACUGACCCUUGAGGUUCGCUAUAUAACCAUGUUUUACUGUGGUUGACACUAUUUUGUAAUACACACAUAUAAAUCCAGAUAGUAUACAAUUUUACUUUUCUACAAAUGUAUUUUUGUUGCAAUUGACAAACAUAGUUUUAAGCAAAAUAUUCUUAAAGUACAUUUCUAAUUUUUCAAUCAUAUCACUGAAAUAUUUUUCGUCAUACACAAUAUCUUCAACAACAUGGAUUCCCUGUUUUGUAUAUAUGACCAAGUCAGCAAAUUGACAGUUAUAAAUACCCAUUUGACCCUGUAUUAGGGGAUAGUAGUCUGAACUCGGAGUUAAUUGUAAAUUUCCAUUAGAAUUCAUAACACAUCCUUUUAGAAGAGCCACUUCCUUCGGUAGCUUUUCCCUGUCACUAUAUGGACAUUUUAUUUCAAUAAUUUUUGUCCCACCGUGAUGUUUGCAUUUGCAUGUUAACAGUCCAUCAACACUGCGACCUAGGUAAGGUUUAUCUUUGAAUAUGCGCAAUCCAGGAAAUUUAAUAUCCAUGCCAAUAUGCUUCUUUCCUGCCACUCUCUUAUACAAGUUCAUUGCACAUCUUUCUUUCUUUACACCCCAUGCAAGGAAAGCUGAUUUUGCAUCACUAUAUGCACCCAAUAACAGUUUCUUCAAGUAAUUGGGAUUUCUUUUAUGAGCCACACAAUCGCACACCUUUUUAAAAUUUGAUGCAGUAAUCAUUCCAUUACGUGCUACAUGCCAAUUGGAAUUAUCAUAGUGUCCAUAUGUGUGCGACUCAACAUACUGGAUGUCUUCUUCAAUGGCAUGGAUAUUUUCUAGAAAGGUAUCACAUAAAGAAUCUGGUACUUCAUCAACAGACUGAUAGUUAAGCUUUUUUUCAUCAAGAAAAUUCACUGAUUUCUCACAAAUGGACCACAUGGCACACUGAUCAUCAUUUGUUUUUCGUACAUCCGAGUCAUCAAAUUUACUUUCCAGCA